GAAGCUUGGACAGCGUCAUCGCGGUAAGAAUGUGGGGAAUUCCCGUGGUUUAAACAUCAACAUAUAAACCUAAGCCUAGACAUCAAGACCUCAAGGCAACGCGAGUUCAUCGUCGACAUGUUUGUUGGAACCUCACUUAUCGCGACAGCGCUGUUCCUGCUCUCUGGUUCACUCUGUGGUGCCUCAGUGGUGGAUCCUGUUCCCACCUUUGACCACCGAGACCUGUUAACCGGAGAAAUCCUCAAAUGUCCCAAGUGUCCACCAGGCACGUUCAUGUCUGCUCAUUGCACUGCCACCACACGCACACAGUGUCAGCCGUGCAGAGAUGGCCACUUCACCGAUCUGUGGAACUACCUGCCCAGGUGUCUGUACUGCAGCAACAUUUGCACAGGUAACCAGGAGGUGGAAACAGAGUGCUCCCCGACAACCAACAGGAUCUGUCGGUGCAAAGAAGGCUUUUACUUGGCUGAUGACUUCUGUAUCAGGCACACAGAGUGUGGCCCCGGAUACGGGGUUCAAACUAAAGGUGAGACUCUCAGGACAUUCCUCUCAGGAUUCUUCCAUUCACACAGGAUGCGUGUAGGAAAAAUGAAGAAAUUUGUUUCCAAAUACAUCCUUACCUCGUCGGAAGAGAGGCGCAGUCUCCCCAAACAGAGAGAGCCUCUCAUGGAUCACAUCAUAGACUGGCUGGCAAAGGCUCCAGAGGAAAAGCUGAGGAAGAUUCCUGACAUGCUAAGAGCUUCAGAUCUUAACUCCAUGGCAGAAAAACUAAAGAAGAGACUCCAUGAGGUUAAGCAGCAAAACCCAAACUGCAGCUUCACAAUAGAUGAAGUAAACAAUGCUCUCUAGUCUGCAGUCCGUUACACAUUUAUAAAAACUGUAUACCUGUUUUACAAAGUUGUUAUGUGAUAAAGCAGAAUAUUCUUUGUA